UGUUUAGUUAAAUCAAUGAAAUGCAAGUAAACGUGAUAUUCAAGUGACAGAGUUGUCCGUCAAUUGAUUGUCCGACCGAUUGAUUGGUCACAUAAUGGCCACACAUUUAACAUCGCCAUCGACUGGUUCAUCGUCGACAGCAUCGGCGCUACGUAUCACUCAGGGCUGCGAUGACGGCAAGAAAUUCGCCGAACUAUUCUAYGAAAAGCUGGACAAAGGCCGACACACAAUGGGUCAACUGUUUCAUGAGUCGGCAAAUGUCCUCUGGAAUGGCAAUCCCGUGACCGGCAAAGCAAAUGCCGUAACGUUUUACGAGUCGUUGCCCACCGUCGAGACACAGCUGUUCUCUAUUGACGCUCAACCCGUUCUCGAGGCGGCCGCCGGACAACAGAUUUGCAUAACCGUUGUCUGCAACGGAAAGAUGAAGUUUGCCUCAAAUGUUACCCGAAGUUUCACCGAAUCGUUUCURUUGACCGCAGAGAACAACGUAUGGAAAGUGUUGACCGACACGUAUCGCAACUAUUGAAGACAUGGGAUAUAAUUAUGAAUAUAUCGUUAAUCUAUCAUUAAAUCAUUAUUUAAAUAUUUAUGUAAUUUUUUAAUAAUC